UCAUUAUCUCUUCUUCUCCACAAAACUUCAUCUCUCUCAUCUCACAUUUUGCUUAAAGAUUCCAUUUUUAAACCAAAAAUAAAAAAAUUCCCCAAACCCCAUUUCUCAAAUCCAUUUUUCUUCAUAGAUCUUCACUUUUUUCAUCUCACAUUUGGUUAAAGAUUCAAUCUUUGAACAGAAAAACGCAUAAAAAAACAAGCAUUCUUGAUUAUCAGAUGACUUAUGUGAGAUGAAGGAGAAAACUCAAACACCCAUUUGCUCUCUGUUUUUUCUUGUGCUCUGUUUUUUGUGUUCAGUUUUUACUGAACACACAAAUGCUGAGUUUACUGUCUCUGAAAAUGGCCCUUUAACUGAUUCUGAAGCUCAGUUCAUCAAACACAGGCAGCUUUUGUAUUACAGAGAUGAGUUUGGUGAUAGAGGUGAAAAUGUGAAAAUUGAUCCAUCUAUGGUGUUUGAGAAUGAUAGAAUCAAGAAUGCUUAUAUUGCUUUACAAGCAUGGAAACAAGCUAUCAUUUCAGAUCCCUUUAAUAUCACUCUUAAUUGGGUUGGUCCUAAUGUAUGCAGCUACACCGGAAUCUUCUGUGCUCCGGCGUUGGAUAACCCCAAAAUCCGUACAGUUGCCGGCAUUGACCUUAACCAUGGUGACAUUGCAGGGUACCUCCCGGAAGAGCUUGGGCUUCUUACAGAUCUUGGGAUUUUCCAUAUCAAUUCAAACCGUUUCUGUGGUACAAUACCGAGAAAGUUCAGCAAGUUGAAGAUACUGUUCGAGCUGGAUCUGAGUAAUAACAGGUUUGCUGGGAAGUUUCCUUAUGUUGUUUUGAGUUUACCCAAGUUGAUAUUUUUGGAUAUUAGGUUCAAUGAAUUUGAAGGUAAUGUACCUUCACAGCUUUUUGAUAAGCCAUUAGACGCCAUUUUUAUUAAUCAUAAUCGGUUUGCGUUUGAGUUGCCGGAGAAUUUUGGGAAUUCGCCGGUUUCUGUGAUAGUUCUGGCGAGUAACAGUUUCCAUGGGUGUCUUCCGGCGAGUAUUGGAAAUAUGAGUAAUCUUAAUGAGGCAAUUUUAAUGAAUAAUGGGUUGCGUUCUUGUUUGCCGGCGGAGAUUGGGUUGUUGAAAAAUUUGACUGUAUUUGAUGUGAGCUUUAAUCAGUUGAUGGGUCCGUUGCCGGAGAAUUUUGGUGAUUUGGUGAAUUUGGAGCAAUUGAAUGUGGCACAUAAUAUGCUUUCUGGAACAAUUCCGAAAAGCAUUUGUCAGCUUCCUAAGCUUGAGAAUUUUACGUAUUCUUAUAAUUUCUUCACUGGUGAACCGCCGGUGUGUUUGGGGUUGCCAGAGUUUCAUGAUGAACGGAAUUGUUUGCCCAACAGACCGGUGCAACGCUCUCCGGGACAGUGUAAGGCCUUUUUGUCUAAAAAAAUUCAUUGUAGUGCUUUCAGAUGCCAUAAAUUUGUUCCUGUUUUGCCACCUCCUCCGCCACUUUCACCCCCCUUGCCUGCCCCUCCGCCACCUGUUUAUUCGCCUCCGCCACCAGUUUAUACUCCUCCUCCACCUCCAGUUUAUUCACCACCGCCACCACCGCCCUCUCCACCUCCUCCAUCACCAGUUUAUUCACCACCACCACCUCCUCCAUCACCAUUGCCUUAUUGUGUACGCUCACCUCCACCUCCACCACCAAAUUCCCCACCUCCUCCACCACCUAAUUCUCCACCUCCACCGCUUGCUCACUCACCUCCACCCCCUUCACCUUACUAUUACAAUUCACCACCACCUCCGCCCCCAAAUUCGCCGCCUCCACCACCAAAUUCGCCUCCUCCUCCACCAGUAUACAUAUACUCAUCACCUCCGCCACCAAAUUCACCUCCUCCUCCACCACCAACAUACGUAUAUUCUUCACCUCCUCCACCUCCUUCCCCAUUGCCUUGUAUAGAACCCCCUCCACCACCUCCUCCUUGCAUUGAACCACCCCCACCCCCACCCCCCUCCCCUUCACCAUCUCCUCCUCCACCACCAGUUUAUCAUUACAAUUCUCCGCCCCCACCAUCUCCAUCACCUCCACCACCAGUUUAUUAUUACAAUUCUCCACCCCCACCAUCACCACCACCUACUCCAGUAUACGAAGGGCCAUUACCACCAGUAAUAGGAGUUCAAUAUGCUUCACCACCUCCACCACCCUUUUAUUAAUUCUUUCAGAAAUUUCACUAACUCUUAUCCUCAGAGCACAAAAUAGUUCCUACAAUUAUUAUUUCCUAAACUGUUCAAGCCAUCAACAAAAUCGAGCUAAUAUGUGAUCACGAACCUUCAAUGGUAUGACAGAAAGAAAGAUAGAGGAGGUAAAGAGGAGAAAGAUUCAAUCUCCAAUGAUUUUAUUUUUGAAUUGUUAUAAUUAGGUUGAAGUUGUGGAGAGAAUAAAUUGGCAAAGUAAAGAUUGAAACUUUGCUGGAAAAUGUAUGUAUAGAGAGAUCAUAAUCUUGAAUUAGAAACCAGUUUACAGUGCUUGCUGCAACUGGUUUUAUUUAAUGAUCAUACUUUGAUUUCUUUGUAAUUUUUCUUUUUUUUGGUUCUUCCAAACUAUAGUAUAAGAUGAGCUUUUUAUUUUCUUUUAAAA